AAUUGGAAAGUGAUGUUCACUCGCUUAGUUAAUCAUGUCCUUCUUUAGUAAUUGAUGGAAAAAACAAAGACCGCAAAGAAGAUAUACUUACCCAACGAAAUAUGGUUCAAAAUCUUCCAUUACGUUAGAGUCAAGGAUACCCUUCAACUCAGUCUUGUGUGUCACGAUUUCACGGACCUGGUGAAGAACAACUCUCUUUGGAGACACUACUGUCGCCGAGCUAGCAACACACUGAAACUAAACGAGAUUAAUAUGUUCCCUUCGUGCAAAGACCUGUACAGGGACAUCCUGCAACCGUUCGCCUGGGCCCUGGGACACACUUUCAAGUUACCAGGGACGGGUAAAGUUGGUAAAGUACGACUGCAAGACCGAGCUCUUGUUAUUACGCCAACAAGAGAGGAGACUAGAGAUCAGGUAUUUCUGAGAAUAAGAUCAGAGGAGGGACAGAGAAAGAUCGAGAAGCUGAUAAACGCAACAGGACAAAUGGAGGAAAUACACAAAGUGGAGGAUGCCCAGAAGUUCAUACAGCAAAACGUUGUCGUCUACUUCUUUGAUCGGUACAUGAGGGUCGAAAGUAAAUUGCUACGAUCUUGCAGAUAAAUUCUGUAUUGGUGAGAGGACUUGAUUGUGCGCCGUUAUAGGCUGCACGUGAGUUUCUGUAAUAUGUUAACUAGCAAUUAUAGACUUUGUAUUCUGAAAUAAUCUACCUCAAUCUAAUGUAAUCUACAGUUUUAUUCGAUGUUUAUUCUUGGACAGCUAGCUCUGUUUUGUAAGGUACUGUUCAGAGAAAAAAAUCGAACAAUUCUGUUUUUAUAUUAUAUAAUAGUUUAUUAAUAGUUAUUGAUGAAG